AGGAUUACCGGGAGUCGCUGCUGUUCCUGGGGCUGGUGGCCGCCGUCUGCCUGGGCCUGAACCUCCUCUUCCUCGCGGCUUACCUGGUGUGCGCGUGCUGCUGCCGACAGGCCAAGCCGCGCCAGUCCUGCUGCGUCACCUGGUCGGCCGUGGUGGCCGGGCUCGUCUGCUGUGCUGCGGUGGGCGUUGGUUUCUAUGGAAACAGCGAGACCAACGAUGGGGUGUACCAGCUGAUCUACUCCUUGGACAACGCCAACCACACCUUCUCCGGGAUCGAUGCGCUGAUUCGCACCCCAGCCUCUCCCCAGGUGUCCGGAACCACCCAGAAGAUGGAGGUGGACCUAGAGCGGCACCUGGCCCGGCUCAGCGAGAUCUUCGCCGCCCGGAGCGAUUACCUCCAGACCCUGAAGUUCAUGCAGCAGAGGGCGGACAGCGUCAUCGACCAGCUGUCAGGGGUGCCCGUGUGGACGGAGGUCACAGCCCAGCUAACCCAGCUGGCCGACCAGACCAGCUACGUGGAGUACUAUAGGUGGCUUUCCUACCUCCUGCUCUUCAUCCUGGACUUGGCCGUCUGCCUCAUCGCCUGCGUGGGACUAGCCAAGCGCUCCAGGUGUCUCCUGGCCUUGCUGCUGUGCGGUGGGCUGCUGGCCGUGAUCCUCAGCUGGACAUCCCUGGCCGCCGACGCCGCUGCAGCCGUGGGCACUAGUGACUUCUGUGCGGCUCCCGACACCUUCAUCCUGAACAUCACGGAGACCCAGCUCAGCACAGAGGUGACCCGUUACUACCUGUAUUGCAAUCAGAGCGUCAGCAGCCCCUUCCAGCAGGCGCUGACCAUCUUCCAGCGCUCGCUGACCGCCAUGCAGACCCAGGUGGCGGAACUGCUGCGGGCUGCCGUGCCCUUCUUCCCCACGGCGGAGGAGGAGCUGCUCGGCAUCCAGCUCCUGUUGAACUCCUCGGAGUCCAGCCUCCACCAGCUGACGGCCUUGUUGGAUUGCCGAGGGCUGCACAAGGACUACCUGGAUGCCCUCGCUGGCGUCUGCUACGAUGGCAUCGAGGGCUUGCUCUUCCUGGGCCUCUUCUCCCUCCUGGCUGCCCUGGCCUUCUCCACCAUGAUCCGCGCGGGGCCGCCGGCCUGGAAGCGCUUUACCACCAGGGACAGAGACUAUAACGACAUCGAUGACGACGACCCCUUCAACCCCCAGGCCCGGCGCAUCGCCGCCUACAUCCCCUCGCGGGGGCGGCUGCCCAGCUUCUGCAGCUACAGCGGCAGCCUGGACAGCCAGCCCGGCCUGCAGCCGCCGGCCCAGACCGUCUCCAACGCCCCGGUCUCAGAGUACAUGAACCACGCUGUGCUGUUCGGUGGGAACCCCCGCUACGAGAACACACCGCUCAUCGGGAGAGGCUCCCCUCCGCCCACGUACUCUCCCAGCAUGCGGGCCACCUACCUGUCGGUUGGGGACGAGCGCCUGCGGCACUACAGGAAUGAGUUUCCGGCCUAACUACCAGAGGCGCCCGCCUCCUCCAUCCGGCUGGGUUUUGAUUCAUUCGCGUGAAAGCUGCGUGUCUUCAAUGGAAGCCAAAGGCCUCUGGGAGCCGCCUGCUGGAUGGCAGGACUGGACGGCGCCUGGGCCUGGCUGGGACCCUGACCGGAGCCACAGGCAGACGGAGGGCCCACCACCUGGACCAGCCUCUCCCUCCUCUGGCCUCCUCUCCACACCAGAAAUGUCGCUCGGCUGCCCCUACACUGGGAGCCUGGAUCCGCUCACUCCUACAUCCUGCCCUCGCCAGGUGGCGACUGGCAGCGAGGAGGGGCUGGCUCAGGCCUGAGGGUCCCAUUGCCAGCGCCGUGCCUCCUGCGAGCGAUUUCCUGCAGGUAAAGGUGGAAGAGCUGACCAGGAGAUGCCUUUAGGAAGGCGACGUCCCCAGUGAGACCAGAGACUGUCCGAGUCAGCCUCCCGGGGCCUGGGAGGAGUGUGGGUGACAGCCUGCUCCGUCCCCCGGCCUUUCCGCAAUCCUCGGUCGCCUCACCUCCAUUCCAGCUCGAUGCUGGGAGUGCGUUCACUGCCGACAGGAACAGUCUCAGGAAUUCGCGGACACUCUGAAAGAGACUAACUCUUCUUUUUCCCAGUGUUUUAAAUACUUGGAUUAUCCAAAGAAUGGAGCCUCAGAGCACAGUUUUUACAGUAGAUGCGGCUGCUCGCUCCUUACACCUGGUCUGGAUCCCGUUCCUUUUCAGGUCUUCCUGACACUGCCAGGUCAUUAAGAACCUACGGGCAGGGCGGGAUUUUUAACCAAAAUAAAGAUCAGGGAGACCUCCUGUCCUAAGCUGCUGUUUGAUGGCAAUAUGGGUUCAUCCCACUCGGGGGAGGAAGGGCAAACAGCGUGAACGGGGUCGCCCAGGGGAAUGGCCGGCCAGCCCAGCUUCCCCUCCCUUCUGUCUUCAGGCAAGUUUGUCAGUAAAGGUUUUAGCAAAGCUGGACAACUGUGUCGUCCUCCCUGCCGCCCCCCCACCCUGUCCCCACCCCGUUGUCCUAGGCCCCACACUCCCUGCUGGGUCAGAAGGCACUAUUCACCGGGAGGAAAUGGCCCACGGUUCUGCCCAUGGAGGAGCCAGGGUUAGGGUCUUGGGUGUCGCCAAUGUCCUGCCAGCUCGGAAUGCCCAGCGCUGAAGCCCCCACAGCCUCACGUGCCAAAGCAGGGACCGGGGUGGCACGGUUUGGGACAAGGCUCUAGUUGCGUUUCACAAGAGCCACCUUCUCAUCAAACACGACUGCAGAGUGGUUCUCACCCAGCCAGGCCCCAGGACACAAUGGGGCCGCAGGGCAGGCAGGACUCACCCGCAUUAACCUCUAGAACCGUGCACCAUGAACACCCUCGGUGGCCACGUCCUGUGCAGAUAGAAACUGCGACGUCAAGCUCUCGCUUCUCACCGUGUCAUCGUUGGUGACUAGAGAGCUGUUUCUAAUGCAUGUGGACUACACAGGUGGUUCCUGGCGGGGCUGGGUGGGCACACCGCUGCCUGGUAUGUGUGCGCCCUCCUGGGGGGCAAAUAAACCGCUUGUACUAAAA